GGCUUCCGCUUUCCGUGCAGUUGUCGGUGGCGGUGGAGUCCGGGGGACAGCGAGGAGCUCCCCCCUGCUCCGGCCACGCUGUGGUUCGUCCCAGCCGUCCCCGGAGGGACAGGGAAGAGGGACGGGGACGGCUGAGGGGGCGAGAGCGGAGAGACCCCGGGAGUGGCGCUGAGGGGGUCUGGGAGGAAAAUCUCGGCAGUGAGGGGCUGCCAGGGGCACCAGGAGCAGGGGAGACCCCCGAGAGCGGCGCUGAGGGGCUCUGGGAGCAAAAUCUCGGCAGUGAGGGGCUGCCAGGGGCACCAGGAGCAGGGGAGACCCCCGAGAGCGGCGCUGAGGGGCUCCGGCAGGAAACCCUCGGGAGCAGGGGAGACCCCCGCGGUGGGGUUUGCAUGGGGCUCCCCUUGGAGAGGGGUGAACGGUUCCUAGGGGGUUGUGGCUCUCACACACACACGCACCUGGGCCAGGUGGGUGCCAGCAGAGAGCAGAAGCUGAAGGGGUCAAGGCUUGAGUAACCUGCGGUCUGCAGCACCCAGAGAGGGAAGAGUGAGGGGCCCCGGCUGCCCCUCCGCAGGUGCGUGCCGGGAUGAGCUCCCCUGGCGGGGCCAGCAGCGCCUUCCCCCUGCACGUCCUGGUGUGGAACAACGACUACAGGCGGCUGGACGAGGAGCUGCAGGAGCAGUUAUAGAUGCUCUUCUGUUUCAAAUCUCUAAGCUAAUAGUGAAAAAUGUGUAAGGACGUUGACCAGCGGGACCCUCGGGGCAGGACCUUGCUGCACUUGGCUGUUUCCUUGGGUUACAUCGAGUCUGCCAAGGUCCUCCUGCAGCACAAGGCAGAUGUGACCAAGGAGAAUGCACAGGGAUGGACGGUUUUGCACGAGGCUGUGAGCACAGGGGAUCCAGAGAUGGUCCAGCUGAUCCUGCAGCAUCGGGACUACCAGCAGACCUCCAUGACCCUUGGAGGAGUUCCUGAGUUACUGCAGAAAAUUAAUGAGACUCCUGACUUUUAUGUGGAGAUGAAAUGGGAGUUCACUAGCUGGGUGCCCCUGGUUUCCAGGGUGUGCCCGAGCGACGUGUGCCGCAUCUGGAAGAGCCGGGCCAAGCUGCGCGUGGACAUCACCCUGCUGGGCUUUGAGAACAUGAGCUGGGAGAGGGGCAGGAGGACUGUCAUCUUCAAGGGAGAAGACUCUGGUGGCUGGGCAGAGCUCAUUGAGAUCAACCACGAUGACAAGUUUGUGACAACAGAGAGGUUUGAGAUCUCCCAGCACAUGAAACGUUUGACUCUGGGAUCCAUGACACCCAAAAGGAAAGAUGUGGAGAGGCGCCUCACAUCCCCAAUCAUCAGCACGUGCCUUGAUACCAAAAACAUUGCUUUUGAAAGAACCACAUCUGGAUUCUGGGUAUGGAGGACAGAAAAAUCAGAAGGUGUCAAUGGUUAUGAAGCCAAGGUCUACACAGCAAACAAUGUGAACGUGAUCACACGGAUCAGAACAGAGCAUUUAACAGAAGAGGAGAAGAGGAGAUAUAAAGCUGAUAGGAGCCCUCUGGAAUCAUUCCUGGGGACAGUGGAGCACGAAUGUGGUGCUCAGAGUACAUCCAGAACUACAGAAUAUGCUGCAACCAACAAUCCCACUGCUAUUACUCUGGAGGAAUACUUCAACCCAGAGUUUGAUUUGAAAGGCAGAGACAUAGGAAGACCAAAGGAAGUCACUGUUAGAACACAGAAAUUUAAAGCAACCCUGUGGAUGAGUGAAGAGUUCCCCUUGUCUCUCAUGGAACAAGUCACUCCAAUCAUUGACCUGAUGGCCAGAACCAGUGCUCAUUUUGCCAGACUUAGGGAUUUCAUCACUCUGGAAUUUCCACCAGGAUUUCCUGUCAAAAUUGAAAUUCCCCUGUUUCACGUGCUGAAUGCUCGAAUUACUUUUGAAAAUGUCAACAGCUGCAGGACAGCUGAGAGACCCUCUCCUGGAGGUGCACAGAGUGAUGCAGGUGCUAAUUUUGAGGUUGACCAGUCGGUGUUUGAGAUCCCCAAGUCCUACCACGUCCAGGAUGAUGGCAGGAACAUCCACGUGCAGGAUGAGGAUAAUGAGAUCAUGCAGUUUGCCAUCCAGCAGAGCUUGUUGGAGUCUGGUGCAAAUAAAGAAUUGGAGAUGCUUUCCAAUGGAGCAGUUGCAUAUUCCUCAGACUUCAACAUGCAGUAUCAGAAGGCCCUUCAGGAGAGCUUCCUGUCGGGAUCAGGGACCUCCCACAGCAGCACCUCCAGUGAAGCCUCCAGCUUUGAGAAGGACUUGCAGCUUGCCAUGGAAUUGUCAGUGAGGGAGCAGGAGGAGCAGGAGAAGCAGCGUCGGGAGCAGGAGGAUGCAGAGCUUCAGCAAGUUUUACAGCUCUCUCUUGUGGAAAAAUAACUCCUAAGUGACCUCCUGAAGCAGGGAUGACCAAAUCUGUGUAAAACUGGAGAUUGUCAGAGCUGUCAGUCUGAAGACCACUCCUGGAUUGCUUAAGGAUACGUUUUGCUGCCUUCUAAGUUGGCAUCAGCUGCAAAAAGCUGAUUUAUUUUUGUUUGGGGGAGUUGUACAUCACAGGACUCCACAUCUGGCUCCCCAGCCACGCAGUCUUAGCUUUGAAGGAAAUGUUUUUAUCUAAACUUAUUUAUUGAAGAGCAGAUGGAAAUUUUGCUUUGCAUCAGGAUGUAGGAUUGCAGUAAAGCUUGAAAGCCUGAUUUAUGGGGAGUUCAGGAGGGAAACUUCAUUACUUACCAAAGAAAUACUCAUCUGCUUCAUUAUUUCUUAAUAAUUCAAAGCCAUUGCCUGUUUUUCCAGCUGUUUCAUGGGAGAGCAUCUCCCUGCCUCUACACACACUGUAGUUCUUCAUGCUGACAGAUGGUUUCUGUUAGUUUUGUUUAGAUAUGGUUAUCUCUCCUCUAGUUAUUGAGAUUUUUGGCUUAAGAGGGAUAAUUUUAUACUUGAACAGCUCAUCCAAGCUCCAGAUUAAACUAGUGCUUUCUGAAAAAAGGACAAACCAAGUAGCCAGUAACAUUUUAGAUGCUGAAAUGGGACCAUUUGUCCAGCACAGCAGCAAUUUCUGCAUUGAUUCCAAACCAGCUCUUUCCCCUGCUCAGAGGGCAGCAAGAAAUUAAGGCAUAGAUAGAUACAGGUGCUUCUUUGGGAUCUCUUGGUGUGCAGGGCUGAGUGUGGGUGCUAAAAGCAGCCAGGCAAAGAAUUCAGGGGAGAUUUUCAUGUGUCCUUAUUGGAAGAGAAGUUUCAUUCUGCAAGGGAAACGUGUGUUGCUUUUUAAAACCCCAGCUCUUGUCCUUCAUGUGAAUACAUCUAUUUUUUUACCUGAAUAUUUGUAUUGAUUUUAAACCAAACCACUAGGCCUACACUCAUCCAACUGGUCUUGUAACGAUUCCUAGGUCUGUUUUAACCAGCUUUCCUCAGGUUUUUGGCCAUGCAGGAUCUUUGUAGCUCUUUUAUCUGCACUCCUCUCGGUGUUUACAGUACUCACACUGUGACUCUCAAGUGCACUCCACAGGUACACGGUGAACAGCCACAGGAAAGCCUUACACUUGUUAAAUGUGAGCAAUAUCCCUCUGCUCUGCCUGCCAGGGCUGGAGGAACCUUUGGUACAGCUGCUCUGAGCUUGCUCCUAACACUGCUCCUGUUCCUCAGGCUGAACAGGGCACUUCUGGGUGACCAACUAUUAAUUAACCAAUGUAAAAUCACUCUAAAAUGGACUUGAUCAUAACCAGUGGGGCAGUUGGAAGCCUAUUUUAAACCAGUAAUCCAUUGUUUUACAUAGGAGAUGAUUACAAUUCCUUCAGUGUACACUAGGACUGGCCUGUCCACACUGGGUUUGUUCCCUGGCACAACUUGCAUCCCUGAAAACAGCUGCUGGAAUGGGGACUGUCCUGCACAGGGGCUGGGUUGGGAUUUCUUUCUUUGCAAAAGGGGAUUCCUGUGACUGUCACAGCUGGGAGAAGGGAGGAGAUCUCAUGUUGAGCUCCUGGCAGGGUGGGAGGCAGGAGCUGGAGCUGUGGGCAUUCCUCCAGUGGGAAUAAAGAGUGCUGUUGCCUUUACAAACCCUGCCUGGCAUUGCCUGUCUUCUGCUAAGCUUUUCAAAGGUUACAAGAAGGGUAAAAAUAGCAUUUUUUCAAGCUGACUUGUUCUGGUUUUAUAUUUAAACUAAAGAACAUUGAGCACUUUCAGUUGAAGUUUUGUUACGCUCCUGCUUCUUAGUCUGGGACUGUAAAAUAAAUUGGAUUAGCUUUGGGUUUUUUUUUUUUUUUUUGCUUUCUUUGACAUUUGUAUCAUUCCAGCUAAAACUAGAAGGCCCUGCUUCCCUCAGCCAGGUGCUGCUUCUCUUAAAGCCUGACUUAACCCUCUCAUGUAAGAUGGACAUGCUCUGUGUGCUGGAAGAAAAACCAAAGGUACUGCACAUUACACCACACACAGGUAUUUUUUCUCACUGUAUUUGGAGUAUUUUUUUUUCUAUUAAUUAUCUUUUUGUACAUUAAAGUGAC